CCGUUAUUUACCAAAUGAUGUUCAUGAACUUGAAAACCAAGAAAGCCAGAUUUGAUAGAAUUCUGCCUCUGCCAGUGAAACUGGGCGGUUUUGAGGAGAAUGCUGUUGAGGAAGAAGGGGAUAGGAGGUUUUAUGGAGGAUUAGAUGGGUACUGCAAGUGAGAUUUAGAGAGUAUGUGUUAUGGUAUUAUAUGAUAUCCCAACAAUUUGAUGAUCAAAUGAGACAGUGCUCCAUUCUGAUACCAAGUUCCUAUACCUCAAUCUGAAAACAAGAAUCAGACAAACUACUUAAUUCCUAAUGCAACUCAGAAUUUUUACAGUUAUCAAAAAGAAGAGAUUCCAGAAUCAUCUCUAUCUAGUGUAAAGAAAUUCAAAAUUAAACAGAAAUUGCUAUCAAAGUAUAAGUGCAAAACUCAGACAGUAAAGAACUCAAAAGGGUGCUCCUCUACUGUCUACACAUGCUUAUAUGAAGGUUGUGGCAAGCAGUUCACAAGGACCUGGAGUAUCUUUGACCAUGUCCGUAUGCAUGAAGGCGAAAAACCGUACAAAUGUUCACACUGCAGCAGACGAUAUACACAGAAAGGGAAUCUUGAAAAGCACAUGCUGCUCCAUGAUAGACCAGAUAUCAACUCGAGAAGAAGCCACUUAUGCGAGCACUGAGGCAAAUUAUAUACUGAGAAGUAUAACCUUAAAGUAAGCUACUCACAACUCAUAAAAUUUUAUCUUACUCUUCCCCUAACAUUUUCUAAAUGAAAUAGACUCAUAUCCGAAAAUUUCACCCAGAAGCAUAUGUGAGAAGAUUUGGAGUUUACAAGAAAAGAACUUAAUAUCUAAUUCCUACAUAAAAAGUUUAUAAAA